AUGUCGCUCCCGGCGUUCGACUUCAGCCAGACGACCGACUACCAGGGCUUUGUCCUGCGCGAUCUCAACAUAUGGCUCAUCGUCUUCUCGACGAUCAUCGUGUUUUGCCGGCUCUACGUGAGGGCGUUCAUGACGAAAGGCCUAGGACUGGACGAUCUUGUGACUGUGGUUACGUACCUGCUGUUGGUUAUUUGGGCCGGGCUUGACAUACGGCUUGUGACUUUUGGCGCCGGAGCUCACCAGGACCAGAUACCUGAAGAGUUCAUCGUGCCGUACUUUUCAGCCCUGACCACCCAGCAACUGUUGUACUUUUGGUGCGUUGGUUUGAUGCGACUCGCCAUCGUUGCAUUCCUGCUCCGCCUCGCAAAAGACAGACUCUUCAAGAUCCUGACGUAUACAACUGGAGGCGUCAUCCUUCUUCAAACCGUUGGUUGUUUCCUUUUUCGAUUACUAGAAUGUAAGAAUAUAAGUGAUCUCUUCCAACCUCCGGGGGCGACCGGCGACUGCAUUGCCAAACAAACCGAAGCGUACGUGAUGUGGGCGCACUCUUCCAUAGGAAUCGUUAUCGAUCUAGCGCUAUUCUUUCUACCAAUCUGGAUAGUGAGAAGCAAAAUGAUGCACACAGCCAAGGCUAUCCGGGUCGUCUUGAUUUUUCUCGUCGGCAUAUUUGUUUUGGCCACAGGCAUCGUCCGCCUCGCCAUUAUCGUUAGCACCGACUUCUCCAAAGAUACAACGUACAAGAUUUCAGUGCUAUUAUGGACGGACCUCGAGGCUCAUGUCGGCCUGUGGUGCGCUUGCUUCCCAUCGCUGCAGCCACUAGUCCGUCUGCUCUCGUACAAGUGCGGCCUCAGGAGCAAGCUGGAGAGCUCCAACCAAUACCCAGGGAAGACCAGUGGUGCACGAACCGGCUACGCAAGGUCCGGGAACCACGGUGUCAGUGUAACGACUUCGGGCUUCCACGGACGAUCAAAGAACGGCUAUCUUCGGAACGGCAGCGGCUUCGAUGGGACAUCCGACAACAUGUCUGACUCGAAUAGUCAGAGGGGCAUAGUGGCGGAAGCGCGGGGCGGUGAAGGCAUAGAGAUGAACGAGUUCGAUGAUCUGCCGAAGCAAGGCGCGAUUACGCGGAGGACAGAAGUCCGGAUAGACAUUGGCGACAAGGUUUAA